GAGAAAAUGAAGGAACUCUCUCUGCUUUCGCUGAUCUGUUCCUGUUUUCACACCCAGCCGCAUCCAAAUACCAUCUACCAGUAUGGAGAUAUGGAGGUCAAGCAAUUGGACAAGAGGGCUUCUGGCCAGAGCUUUGAGGUGAUUUUGAAGUCGCCCUCUGACCUGUCUCCAGAGAGCCCCGUCCUCUCCUCUCCCCCCAAGAAGAGGGACCUGUCCCUGGAGGAGCUGCAGAAGCGAUUGGAAGCUGCUGAAGAGAGGAGGAAGAACCAGGAAGCUCAAGUCCUGAAGCAGCUUGCAGAGAAGCGGGAACACGAGCGGGAAGUGCUACACAAGGCUCUGGAAGAGAACAACAACUUCAGCCGGCUGGCUGAAGAGAAGCUCAACUACAAGAUGGAGCUCAGCAAGGAGAUCCGCGAAGCUCACCUAGCUGCCUUGAGGGAGAGACUCCGCGAAAAGGAACUGCACGCAGCCGAAGUGCGCCGAAACAAGGAACAACGGGAAGAGAUUUCUGGAUAAGUGGC